UAAACCUGCUGCCAAUUACUGGUCGUGGUGCACAUACACUUCUUUCGCUUCUUUCGAUCGACAGAGCAUAUGCAGUCUUCUCCUCUACCAUUUCAUUCCGCUCUCGUCUCUUGAUCAUCACUGGCAACCUAACUUAGUCGAUUUUGCUCGCUAUCGCCCUAAUGGCUUUCACGGUCAACAAGAUAGGACUUUCUGCGUUUUUCCUUGUUGUCCUUGUGAACUUGCAACCAUCAGCACUGAGUGCACCUCAGGUCCCUUGCUUCUUCAUCUUCGGGGACUCAUUGGUCGAUGGCGGCAACAAUAACGACCUGCAGACGUUGGCCAAGGUCAACUAUCCGCCUUACGGAGUCGAUUUUCCUAAAGGGCCAACCGGACGGUUCACCAACGGUGGAACAACAGCUGAUUUUCUUGGUCAGCUUCUGGGCUUCGACGCAUAUAUUCCACCCUUUGCAACGGCGCAAGACAACGAA